AUGGAUAACAAUAAAAAUAUUCCUAGCAUCUCGUCCCUCGUGAACUCGCUGGGCUUAUCUCGCAAUUCUAAUGAUAUACCGCAAACUUCUGAUAUUCAAACGGGACAUCUUUUGGCAGUUAAUAACUCUUCUAACAACGUGACGAACAACCGUGAUAAUUAUCCUACACCUACAAGUAUUUCUCCGGAACCUGAUCACCAGCAAUAUAAUCCACCAAACGAUAAUCCUACUAUUUCUCCUUCGCAAUCCACGUUCAAUGACAUUUCUAACAACGAUGAUACUAACGCGCAAUUCUACUCACAAUAUAUCAAAAAUUCACCCAAGCCAAAUGUCUUUCCUUUGCUUAAUUCACUUAGGAUUAAUAUUAAUUCUCCUCAGACAAACAUUAUUAUUUUGCCUGUCUCUAAUUCAGAUAUUAAAAAUCAGCUUUAG